AUGGCGAUUCAACUCGAGGGUAACGCCCUUCUCUACACAGUAACCACACUGACCUGUCUUGGAUUCCUUCUUAUUGGCUUCGACAAUGGUUUGAUGGGAGGCUUCAUCAAUGGUGCUGCCUUCACCGAAACCUUUGGUAUUGACCUCAACACAAACUAUGGUACCAAUAUCAUUGCCUUGAUUGUGUCAAUCUACGAGAUCGGUUGUUUCAUCGGAGCUGUCACCACCAGUUUCAUUGGUGAGAAGCUGGGUAGACGCAGAUCGGUUCUCAUUGGUGUCCUCAUCAUGAUUGUUGGUAAGUUAGCUCGCCUCCGUCAGCGAAUAACCCAACAGACUAACAAGCGCNNAGGCGCAAUCUUGCAAAGUACUGCUUACCAUGUCGCCCACAUGAUCGUUGGAAGAAUCGUCAGCGGUAUUGGCAUGGGCUUUAUCAACUCGACAGUGCCAGUCAUGCAGGCCGAAUUCUCACCCAAGGCAACUCGAGGCAGAUAUGUCUGCGCACAGUUGUCAACGCUCAACUUUGGUGAGUUUCUUGAAGCAUUCUACUUCUUCACGAUACUGACAGUUGCCNNAGGUAUCAUGAUGGUCUAUUGGAUCGACUAUGCUUUCUCAACUUCGGACAGUGGUAGAGGCUCUAGCUUCGUCUGGCGUGUGCCUACGAUUCUCCAAUGCGUUUUCCUGAUUCCCAUGAUCUUCAUCAUCUGGAUCAUUCCGGAGACUCCCCGUUGGCUCGCUGCCAGAGAUCGUAACGAAGAAGCUCUUGAAGUCCUGACCCGCCUCAAUAAGAACAGAAUGAGCCACGAAGAAAUUCAAAACAUCCACACCGACAUUGUUCGUACUGUGGCCAUCGAGAAGUCCAUCGGUGCUGGCACCUGGGGCGACCUUCUCAAGAGCGACAGCAUCCAGAGUAGACGCAGAUUCCUCAUUGCUUGCAGCAUUCAGGCAUUCCAACAGUUGGGUGGUAUCAAUGCUCUGGUCUACUACUCCGGCACCCUCUUCAAAGAGAGCUUGGGCUUUGAUGGUCACCUCUCUGGUCUCAUGUCUGGGUUCUUGAACACAUGGUUCUUCUUGGCCUCCUUUAUCCCCUGGUUCCUGAUUGAUAGAAUCGGUCGUCGUCCUCUUCUGUUGUCCAUGGUCAGUUUGAUGGCAGCAGUGAUGGCUGUCCAAACAGGUCUUGUCUACCAGACUCAGAACAAGACAGCCAUUGCCCACGGUGCUGGCAUCGGUGCCGCAGCAAUGCUCUUCAUCUUCCAAGGCGCAUUCACUAUCGGCUUCCAAGCCACCGUUUGGGUCUANCCCUCUGAGAUCCUUCCUUUACGACUACGUCAAAGAGGUUCAUCCAUCUCCACGGCCACCAACUGGAUUUUGAACUUCUUGAUCGUCUACAUCACUCCUCCUGCCAUCAGAAACAUCGGAUGGAGAACCUACAUCAUCUUUGCCGUGCUCAAUGCAACAUGGGUACCUAUCAUGACUCGUGGCUUGGCGUUGGAAGACGUCGAUAGACUAUUUACCAAGGAAGGCUUCGAAGAGGGUUUUGAUGCUGCGAUGAACGAGAAGAAUAUCGAAUACCAGACCGACAAGAUCGAGAAGGUCUGA